AGACGCGUCAGGGGUGCAAGCGGCCCCUCACCUUCGCAGGGAGCUCCGGCGCCCCGAGGCCCCUGGAGGGAAGCCGCGGCCAGGCUCAGCACGGCCAGAGGCAGGGCGGCCCACCACCACCGCCGCCGCCGCUCUCGCGACAUUUGCACCGUGAGGCUCGGCGACGAACACUGCGGGCAGAAGAACCAAUCGAAGCCCCGCCCCGGCUGGGGCCACGCCCCCCUGAAGGCCGCCCCUUGGCGAACCUGCCUUAGUUGCCGAGCUGGGUGACGUCACACCGCAGUCGAUUUUGAUUGGUCCAACGCGCCUCUCUUGGUCCAGGAAGUCCUCGAGAAGUCGAUGCUGAUUAGCUGUUACUAGGAGACACGGGGGUUUGUGGUGCAUUGUGGGGAAAGGAGGCCGCGCGGUGAGGCGGUGCAGAGCCAUGGCGGCCAUCGGCGUCCACUUGGGGAACACUUGCGCCUGCGUCGCCGUUUAUAAGGACGGCCAUGCGGAUGUUGUUGCCAAUGAUGCCGGUGACAGAGUUACUCCUGCUGUUGUUGCAUAUUCCGAAAAUGAAGAGGUGGUUGGGCUGGCAGCAAAGCAAAACAGAGUAAGAAAUCUUUCAAACACUGUAGUGAAAGUGAAGCAGGUUCUUGGGAGAAGCUCUGGUGAUUUGCAGGCUCAGAAGUACAUAGCAGAAAGUAAAUGUCCAGUUAUUGAAAAGAAUGGAAAACUUCAUUAUGAAAUAGAUGGCAAACUUGUUUCCCCUGAAGAGGUUGCAAAAUUGAUCUUCAGGAAAAUGAAAGAAACAGCUCAAUCUGCUUUGGGUUCUGAUGUCAAUGACACAGUUAUUACAGUGCCGUUUGAUUUUGGAGAGAAACAAAAGAAUGUUCUUGGAGAAGCCGCUGUGGCAGCUGGGCUGAAUGUUCUAAGGUUAAUUCAUGAACCUUCUGCAGCUCUGUUGGCUUAUGGGGUUGGGCAAGAUUCACCCAAUGGAAAAAGCAAUGUGUUAGUUUACAAACUUGGAGGAACAUCCCUCUCCAUCACAGUUAUAGAAGUCAACAGUGGGCUAUACCACAUUCUUUCCACUAACACAGAUAACAGCAUAGGUGGAAUCUGUUUCACGGAAGCCUUAGCGCAGCAUCUGGCUUCUGAAUUUCAAAGGUCUUAUAAAUGUGAUGUGAGAGGAAAUUCGAGGGCCAUGAUGAAGCUGAUGAAUAGUGCUGAAGUAGCAAAACAUGCCCUGUCAACGCUGGGAAGUGCAAACUGCUUUGUUGACUCCCUCUAUGAUGGGAUGGAUUUUGACUGUAAUGUUUCCAGGGCCAGAUUUGAACUGAUUUGUUCUGCACUCUUCAACAAGUGUAUAGAAGCUGUAAAACAACUCUUGCAUCAAGUUGGACUGGCAGCCGAUGAUAUCAAUAAGGUUGUUCUCUGUGGUGGAUCUGCUCGUAUCCCUAAGUUACAACAGUUAAUCAAAGACCUUUUCCCCACCGUUGAGCUGCUGAACUCGAUAUCACCAGAUGAAGUCAUUCCCAUUGGGGCUGCCAUAGAAGCCGGGAUCCUGUUAGGAAGAGAGAAUCUCUUUUUAGACAGUGAAAUACUGUCUGUUGAAUGUUCCACUAAAGAUAUCUUGGUCAAGACAGUGGAUGAGUCAGGCAUGGAUAAAUUUAUGGUGGCAUUGCCAUCAGAAACUCCUUUACCAGCUCGAAGGCAACAUAUUUUACAUGCCCCAGGAAGCAACUCCUCUGUCUUUGUAGAAUUUUACGAAUCUCUGGGAGAAAAAACGAUAGAAGAGGAUGACAAAUUUGCACAGAUUGUACUCCAGGAUUUAGAUGUAAAAGAAGGCCUGCAUGACAUACUAACUGUACUUACGAUGAAAAGGGAUGGAUCCUUACAUGUUACCUGCACAGAUCAAGAUACUGGAAAAUAUGAAGCUAUCAUUGUGGGUGUGGCAACAUAAUCUUGAAUUUUUUUGCAGCCUUGUUACCCUCAGCUGAAACUAUUCUAAAAUACUUUUAAUUGGAAGAUGUCAUUUACAAUAUUAAAGUGCUGAUAAUAGCUAAAAAUGGGAAGAUCCGAAGAAGCAGCUGAUUGCAGGUGGGGUUCAGUACCAGGAACCAGAAGGAAAAACCCACAGGGGAGCAUCACAUUGCUAUAACCUCGCAUAUCAAACUUGAACCUUAACAAGUUUCAUAGUUUGUUAAAUGAAUCCUAAAGGCACAUUUUUCUACCUCUGGUAGUGUCUAAAUAAAUGGUUUUAUUUUAUUAAUAACAUGCAUCGGAUGUUAGUAUUUGUAUAUUGUAUAGUAUAUUAAUAAAAUCCUUGGAAUUAU